AAUUUCUGUCUGAUUUCGUAUCGUAUGUGAGUAAAUAUAAAAGUUAUUUAACUACUAUUUUCUAAGUAUACUAUAUAUACUUUAAUGUAUUUCACGACUGUGUGGAUAUUAUUCGGAUUUCUAUUAUCUAUUUGCUUGUAUUUGUAAUUUUUUUUCAUUUGGCAAGAAAUUAACUUGACAAAAUUUAAAAAAAAAACCAAUAUAAUUAAUAAAAAUUGACGAUUUUAUUCAAAUUAUAAUGAAUCUGGAGAAUGAUAAAAUAUUUGGUUAUGUUAUCUCCCAAAAAAUCUUGCAUAUCAGCUUAAUCCAAUGAUAUUAUAAAUCGUAACAAAUUUAGCAAUGACUUGAAUAUUUAGGAAAAUCUACUGUUUCAAAACUCUCGAUUUUUGAAGCAAAACUUCUCGAACGUGAUUUACCAGUUUCUAUAUUAAAAAAAACUCGAUCUUCAUUAGAUACAGAUGCAAUGAAAAUGACCAAAAUGAAUAAAUCAAACUUAUCGUCUCGAAAAACAAAUACCAUCAAGUUUCUUGGAUGUUGAAGGUUAUCUAUAAUGAAUCAGAGAUGAAAGGUCAAAUAUAAACAUAAACUUGAAUACUAGCAAUAAUCUACAUACUAUCGUUAAUUUAUCUAUAAUUAACUGUCUACUAUUUUUAUUAUAAACCUUAUCUUUGUUGAAUAAAAAGUUUAAGUAGUCAAUCAACACUCGGUAUUUCAACCGCAAUGUCAGAGAAAUGUGAAAUGGAAUUUGAUGCGGAAAUACAGAAAUUUGCCCAAGAAAAUCUCAACGAAACUAAAGAAAACAGAGAAAAUGGUAUGAAAGAAAUUACCAGAUGGUUAAUAGAAGAAAAACCUAAUUUGAAUGCACGUUUAGAACCCCGUUACAUCAUACCGUUUCUAAGGUUAUCUAAAUUCAACAUAGAAGAUGCAAAAGUUAGGUUGAUAAACUAUUAUAAUUUACGAAGAGACAAUGCCAUUUGGUUUACGAAUCGAGAUCCAAAACUACCCGAACUAGAAGAAAUAAUUAAAUUGGGAGUAUUCGUUCCGUUAAAGCAGUUGUAUAAGAAUCAAAUGGUUGUUAUUAUAAGAACGGCCGCUCACAAUCCCAAAAUCCACUCCCAAGAGACCAUAUUUAAAGUUGAUCACAUGAUUUUGGACGUAGCCGCUUUAUUCGAAUUUGAAAUUGCGCAGAUUUUUGGAUUAAUAUCUGUAUUUGAUAUGAACGGAGUGACUUUUUGGCACGCGAAAGCUCUUACUCCGAACAUCGUUAAAAGAGCCGUAGCCGCGUGGCAGCAUUAUCAUAUCGCUUCAAAAAGUUACGAAUUUAUAAAUUCGCCCGGAUAUUUGAAUGUCAUUCUGAAUAUAUUCAAAUCUUUUAUGACCGAUAGUAUGAAGAAAAGUACUAAAGUGCAUAGCAACGGUUUGAAAAGUUUACAUACGUUCGUCGAUAAAGAAAUUUUGCCAGAAGAAUAUGGCGGCAGCGCGGGAAAAUUGGAGGAUUUGAUAAAUUUUUGGCACGAUAAAGUAUUAAGUAAAAGGGAUUGGUUUUUAGAGGAUAAUAAAUAUAGAAGUGAUUGAG